AUGCAAGAUCUUCUUCAAUUUUAUAAUUUAAGAAAUAUUAUCAACCAAGGAAAAGUCUUUAGUUAUGAAUCAUUUCCUAGUACAUUUCUCGAUCCAAAAUUAGAAAAGGCUAUAUUACAACCUGAUAUUCAAAACCUUUUAGUUGAAUUCUAUAAUGUGGCAGAUCUAGGCUAUCAAUUCACCAAACCUGGAA